AUGGCUGCCAAGUGGCUCAAUAGUGUAGAUGUCGAUUUUGGGGUUCAAUUCCCGAGAUUGAGUAUGCGUGCGGUACAUGGGUUCGUGCGUAGUUUGAAGGUUGAGCCACAGGAUCUCUUAGGCCUAGUUGCUGGAUACACCUCAAAUUUUUUGUCCCAACACAGUGGUAUCGUCAGGACGGAAUUGGAAGGGAAAGAAGUUAAUGUAGUCAUCAGGGACAGUAAUAUUCCGGAGAAAUUUGUCAGAAUUGCAGGGAUUCCACAGAAUCUAGACUUGGGAGUAGUAAAGACACGUCUGAAGGAAUUUGGAACCAUAAUUGAUGCUCGUUGGGAACGCUAUCGGGUGGCAGAGGAUGACGUUUUAUACCCUGUCCUUGCCACUUGGAUGAUAGUACGAAUGACGUUGACUAAGAAUAUUCCCUCAUACAUUACUAUUGGCAGCUAUCGUGCCAUGGUAAACUAUGAGGGACAAAAACCUACUUGCAGACUGUGUGACGACGAAACCCAUUUUAGCUACAACUGCCCAACUUUGAGACGUAAUAAGGAACCUAUCAUUGUCCAAAAGCCCAGUAAUAAAAUGACUAAAAAGACAGAGACAGUCCCGGAAAAACCCGUCACUCUACCCUUAGAUGUAGACCCCAUGGUUUCUAAGGCCCUUCUUGAGUGUGGAUUACAAAGUUCACUCUCAGGGGGGACUCCCAACUUAGAAAUUUCUCCCACCGAACAACCCGUUAAAUCCACAGACGACCCACCACGACAGACUCCGCCCGCUCAAAUGAUAAUCCCUGAAACACAACCUGAUGACUCGGAACCUAUGACAAUUUCCAUGGAACCAGUGGAACCCAAUUUGGGGGAAGUUGAGUCCAUGGAAACUGACAAAACAAGUGACCACCUGAAAGUUCCCACUAAACUAAAAAUCGCAUCUAUCAACAUUGGAGGGAUUAGGUCAGUCGAGCGACGUCAAAUUCUUUUUAACUUCUGCAGGGACGGUAACCUAGAUAUCGUGGGACUUCAAGAGGUAGCAUUUCAUUCUUGUCCAAUUAUUGAAAGUCGCUACCGUUUGUUGGCAAAUGUCGGUCCCAACAAAAAUGGAACAGCCAUUCUCAUUAGACAUGGUCUGGACUAUUCUCGAUUACUUCUAGAACCCGACGGAAGGCUUAUAUCUAUUGACGUGAAAUGUUUCACGUUCAUUAAUAUCGAUGCUCCGUCAGGUAGUCACACGACAUCCAAGAGAAGGCAUGCUCCGACUCCUUCUCUUCCCAAAGUAAUAUUAUCAGCUAUGCUUUGA